CUUCUCAUCUUUUUUUUUUUUUUUUUCCUGUGGCCCAUGUCUUCUAAUCUGGUGGCUGCAAUUCUGGCCAAUUCAUAGCGGAGCCUUGGAAAUGAUUGUAGUCUAAUGGAGGCGCGGAUCCGCUCACAGUGGGAUGCACAGACUAUUAUUCCGUUCCUUUGAUUGUUAUUUAUAUUAAUAAUAAAACAAUAGAUGGAAAUCUAUCGGCUGCGGGUGCCUAAAGAUUACGAGGACGCAGAUGAAACGCGGAUCCUUUCCAGGUGUGAUGAGACAAAGAAACAAAGGAUGCCUUAGAGAGGAGGUUGCCUGUACGCCUGGAAACCUCUUCAAAGCACACCACCAAAUGGAUCAAACACCUCCCCCUGCCACCUCUAGAUCAUGAUACUUGGCUGAAGCUAUCCCAGUACAUUUAUGAUCCCUCCUCCAUCUAUGGCGAACUAUAGCCAUGCAGGGGACCACACCAUCUUGCAGAAUGUCUCUCCUCUUGCAACAUUCCUCAAAUUGACCUCCCUGGGUUUCAUCAUUGGAGUUGGUGUGGUAGGGAAUCUCCUGAUCUCCAUCCUGCUGGUUAAGGACAAAAGUCUGCACCGGGCACCCUACUAUUUCCUGCUGGACCUGUGUGCCUCGGAUAUCCUGCGCUCCGCUAUCUGCUUCCCCUUUGUCUUUACCUCUGUAAAGAAUGGAUCUGCCUGGACCUAUGGCACGCUGACCUGCAAAGUGAUUGCCUUCCUUGGGGUGCUAUCCUGUUUCCACACGGCAUUUAUGCUCUUCUGUGUAAGUGUCACCCGCUACCUGGCGAUUGCCCAUCAUCGCUUCUACACCAAGAGGCUAACGUUCUGGACGUGCUUAGCUGUCAUUUGCAUGGUGUGGACGUUGUCAGUGGCUAUGGCUUUUCCUCCGGUGCUAGAUGUCGGGACGUACUCCUUCAUCCGGGAGGAGGAUCAGUGCACGUUUCAGCACCGGUCCUUCAGGGCGAACGAUUCGCUGGGCUUCAUGCUACUGUUGGCGCUCAUCCUCCUGGCCACACAGCUGGUUUACCUCAAACUCAUCUUUUUCGUCCACGACCGCCGAAAGAUGAAGCCCGUCCAGUUUGUGCCUGCCGUUAGCCAGAACUGGACCUUUCACGGGCCAGGUGCCAGUGGGCAGGCAGCAGCCAACUGGCUGGCCGGGUUUGGCCGGGGACCCACCCCCCCUACUUUGCUGGGAAUCCGACAGAACAGCAACGCCGCCGGUCGCAGACGUCUUCUAGUACUGGACGAGUUCAAAACGGAGAAGAGGAUUAGUAGGAUGUUCUACAUAAUGACGUUUUUCUUCCUGGCUCUGUGGGGGCCCUACCUGGUUGCCUGCUAUUGGCGUGUGUUUGCAAGGGGCCCUGCGGUCCCCGGAGGCUACCUUACAGCAGCUGUGUGGAUGAGCUUUGCCCAGGCUGGGGUCAAUCCUUUUAUCUGCAUCUUCUCCAACAGGGAGCUUCGGCGUUGCUUUAGCACCACCCUCCUCUACUGUAGAAAAUCCAGGUUACCAAGGGAACCCUACUGCGUUAUAUGAUGGUUUUUCUGGGGUUUUUAGUC